AGUGGGGAAAUUGAACUAGCGGAAACAUUCGAGCAUUAAACGGGUUUUUUUCUUCAGAAACUGCUCCUUCGCUGACUGCCGUUCAUAGGAUGAGAUUUUGACAGUAGCUUAAGUGUGUGAAUUGGCAACAACUUUAAACGUUUUAUAUUUCCCGAAUGGCCGCUUUAAAGAGUGGAAUUUACUCGAGGUACGUGAAUGCAGCUUCACUCAAGCGCCGUAGGGUGAAAGGAAAUGGAGGAAUCGACUUGCAAGGAGUGAUUUUAAAUCCCACUUUUAUAUUUGUAUUAUGAACGUUUCGAGGACUCGGGUGUUCUAUUUUAAAUAAUUUUUUUUUUAGUUUUCGUCUUUCCUGCUGAUAUUUUUGUGCCCGUUUUCAAAGUGUGUAGAAAUGCCUGGCGAGUUGAAGCAAAGAAAGAAAAAGCAAAGUGAUCAUGUCGCAGCUGAUCCUGCAAACAAACAAGACGAGGACACCAAAGUGAAUCGUGAACGUGUCGGCACGCCUCCCAAAACUUCGACUUUGGACCUUAAAUUCCUCAUGUGCCUACUUUCGCUUGCGGUCUGCGCUGCACUCAGCUGGAUGGUGCUGCAGCAGAAUACGAGGUUCUCCCAAAUGGAGGAACAAUUCGCACUCUUGUACAGAAAGACCUCAAGUUUGUCCCUGAUCGAGGAGCAAGUAGAGAGGGUCACCCAAAAGCUCGCCGCCUCCGAGGACGACCUCCGGGCGGUCCUCUCCGCCGUCUCUUCGGAGAGCGGGCUCCGGCGGGAUGUCUCGGCGCUGCGCGUCGCCGUGGCGACGCUGCAAUCAGAGGACAGUUCGGCGUCCGGCGACCUGCAGGCGGUCAAUGCUCGCUUCCUCAACGUGACGGAGACGUGGCGGGAGCGCCUCGCCGCCGCUUCCUCCGAGCUGGCCUCACUCAAGGCCGAGUCCCGGGAAGCCCACGCCGGCGCCACGGAGCGGGUGAACGAGGCCGAGCGGCGGGCCAGGUCGCUGGCGGAGAAGCUGGAGGAGCUGGAGGACAGCACCAGGAGGAACGCCCGAGCUAUGGAGCGCGCCGAGGAGGAUGACGCCAAGCGGGCUCAGGCGCAGCUGGACUGGAACACCCAGCAGAUCCACAAAAUGGACCGGGACAUCCAGAAACUGGCGCGCCAGGAGGCGGAGCUUAGCACCCAGCUGCAGGAGCACCUGCCCCGGGCCAAGGAGUGCGAGGAGCAGCUCCCCCACGUGGAGGAGGCGCUGCGCUCCAUCGUGAAGCUGGGCGCAGACCUCAGCGGCGCAGAGAGGCGCAUGGAGGAAGUGACGCUGCAGGUGUUCUCGGCCGAGGACAACAUGCUGAAGUCGCUCAACAGGAUCCUCGCCAUGCGGCAGGAAAUGGAUGCCCUGCAGGCACGCGGCACCAUCCUCAAGAUGAAGAGCGAGCUGGCGGUGGUGCGCGAGGCCGUGCACGAGCUCACAAUGGUGCUCAGGGGGGAGCAGACAAAUGAGGAGGGAGAGGAGGAAGAGCCCGAUGAAGAGUGGGAAGAGCCAGACGGAACGCCUCAAGAGGAUGUCGCACAAUGAUGUCACUGCAGCUGGGGGAAAGACUGGGCCCUGGUUUCACAUUUUUGGAUUUAUUUUCUGAGUUAAAAAAAAAAAAAAAAA